AUGUUGGGAGAAGGAAGUGGGGCAAACUUGAUUCCAGCAUCUACCAGCUGCUCCAUCCGGCUUCUAUAUAAAGCUCACACAGGUUUACAGACGACACAGUUCAACAGUAAGCUGCCAGAACGAGAAUGAAGAUCUCUGUGAGUUUCACGCUGUUGCUGCUGCUCGGCUCAGUCCCCGCAAGUGAAAGUGUUGAAUGCCAGCGGACUUCUCCUCCAGACAUCUACGCUGCGCUGAGAGAGAUCACCGCCUCGUUGGUUCAGCUGAAGGCGAACAUGGCGCUGCAGACUACAGGUCAAGCACAGCUGAAGACUGAAGUGGAAAAGCUGAAUCAACAACAGCGAGUACGACAGGUUGCGUUCUCAGCCGCUCUGUUGCCUCAAGACCAACAACCAACUAUUGGACCCUUGCCCACGGACACUACCCUGAUCUACACAUACGUUAUCACCAACAUUGGAAAUGCCUACAACUCAAAAACAGGUGCGUUCACUGCCCCGAUGAGAGGAGCGUACAACUUUGAGUGGACAUUCGGUGCAUUUGGAGACAACAGCCACGGUUCAGGGGGUUGGUUGGUCAAGAACUCAGAGUAUGUUUUCAUGGCAUUUGAGCAACAGGCGACCGGUUUUAUGACUACUUCUAAAGGCGCUACACUUUUGCUAGAGGUGGGAGACGUUGUGUUUGUGCGUCUGAUGGCUAACACUUUGGCGUAUGCCGAUGGAAGUCACCACAACACCUUCAGUGGUUUUCUGCUGUUCCCCAUGUAAGACAGAAACAGCAGCUCUGUGAUAGUCACGCAGGUUUUUGUUGU